AUGCACAAGCACCACAAGCACCCACAAGCACCCACACAGACCCACAAGCACCUACUUGCACCUACUUCCACAAGCAUCCACAAGCACCACAAGCACCCACAAACCCACAAGCACCUACUUGCACCUACUUCCACAAGCAUCCACAAGCACCACAAGCACCCACAAGCACCCACAAGCACCCACACAGACCCACAAGCACCUACUUGCACCUACUUCCACAAGCAUCCACAAGCACCACAAGCACCCACACAGACCCACAAGCACCUACUUGCACCUACUUCCACAAGCAUCCACAAGCACCACAAGCACCCACAAGCACCCACACAGACCCACAAGCACCUACUUGCACCUACUUCCACAAGCAUCCACAAGCACCACAAGCACCCACAAGAACAGGAGGAGUACAUAUCCCACUUGGAAAAAAUAGAAAAACUGCGUAAAAAAAAACUGAAGAAGCGGCAACUAUCCACAGACAGCUCAGAGGAUUGUGCAGUGGAGGAGAGUACAGUUUACACAACACCUUCAGAAACAGAUGGAACAGAAGGGGAAUCCACACUGGAAGAGGAGGAAGAUUCUCAGGUAUAUGAAAGUGAGCUUCAGGCUGCUGAUGGAGCCCAAGUUGUCGAGAGAAGAAAGGGAAGAGGGAGAGGACAAGGAAGUAGAAGUAGAAGUAGAAGUGGAAGUGGAAAUGGAAGUGGAAGAGGUAGAGGUAGAGGAAGAGGAAGAGGAAGAGGAAAAGGAAAAGGGAAAGGAAAAGGAAGAGGAAGAGGUCGAUCCCAAGAAACACUUGAAGAGAGCCACACAGACAAGAAUCACACAGAAAACCAGUCAGAGUUUAAGGAUGGAGAGAGUUCUUACUCAGAAGAAGAUAUUCCCUUUAAUCUGGGAAUUGGUGUUAAUGUAUACAGAAGAAAACAGGGUAUCACAAAUCUUAAAAGGUCCCUUAUUAUGAAGAAGGUGUGGGAGAAGAGACGUCAGGGCAGUUGCCCAGAUCGCACAAGCAAGAGACAGGCUAGGGUUUAUCAGCCCCGAGCAUCCAGAACAAGAAACUGCGUACGGAAGGAAUUUUUGAAGCCCCCCAAAACCCCAAGGCCAUGGGACCUUCCCCUUGAUGGUCCCAUAAAGGUGAAGCCCAUGGUGUCACCUGACCAGACAGGAAGUGACAUGGCUAAUGAAGUAGGAGGAGAAACAGAAAUUUUUGAGUAAUGCAGUGGUAUUAUUCAGUUUUUAAUUAAAACCAGGAAAUGCCAUCCUUUGGUUUCAUCAGAUCACACUGUGUCAGGAAGAAUUCUUACAUUAUUCUUCAUAUAACAUACAGUAUUUUUCAUAUACUUACAGAAAAAAGUCUUUUAUGGUUAAAAUUUUGUUGUUUGUUGUUUUUUUAAUGUAAUAUGCAAUUUCAUGCUUGAUUUGUUAUUGUCUCUGCCUGUGCCUUUGUUCAUGUGUCUUUUGAGUCCUUUAUUUAACAGUAAGAGAUAUAUGAACAUUUAAAAUAAAAUAAAGGAUAUAAAAAUGUUCUAUGAGGAGUGAUUAUUUUAUUUAGAUAUUUGAGGAGCAAUUAUUUUUAAGAAAGUAUUGUUAUUUCUUUUUCAUCUGAGGCACAUAAAAUAAUUUGUAGUCUGUUGUUUUAGAGCGAGAUGGUGAAGUAUGUGUAAAAUGUAGUUUUUGUAUAAAAAGAAAAGUCAAAUUUUGUGAUGCAAAGAAAAAUACAAAAUUAAAGUAUAGAAGAAUAUUA